GUAGAGCCCUAACAGGCAAUCACAGUGAAGGAGGAUGUGUGUGUGUGUGUGUGUGUGUGUGUGUGUGUGUGUGUGUGUGUGUGUGUGUGUGUGUGUGUGUGCGUGCGUGCUUGUGCGUGUGCAUGUGUGUGUGUGUGUUUGUGUGUGUGUUUGUGUGUGUGUGUGUGUGAGGGCAUCCAUCAUAAUAUGGUCUGCCUAGGGGCCAGUUUCUCACACACUCGAAUUAUAGAUAUAGCACUGACAGUAGCACACACUGUCACUCAGAAAUGUCUGCACACAGUAUAUACACAAACAAGAGUGAACACACAGUCAUUCCCAGCAAAAUCCAGGUCUGCCAGUGUACCCGACACACACUCACACACACACUCACACACACACACACACACACACACACACACACACACACACACACACACACACACACACACACACACACACACACACACACACACACACACACACACACACACACACACACACACACAUGCAUUGCCCAUGCAAUUCACUUUAGAGGCACAUACUGCUUCUACACACCUCCUAGACACACACCCUUCAGACAUGUACACAUACACAGACAUACAAACACACAAGUUUACUUAUGUCACUUUGGGUACAUUACAUAGACUGACAUUCAUUUUCUGCAGACGUAUCCUAGCCAGAACCAUAACCACUACUUGCCUAACCUUAACCCUUACCCUAACCUUAACCUAACCCCAACUUUAACCACUGACCCAAAGAUGAGCUUGUUCCAACAGUUUGUCCCCAACUGGACAAGCUGUCCUCAAGUAACUGAUGUUUAGUGAAAUUUGUCCCUGAAAGUAUCCUAUGACAGACAGAGACACACACACAAACCUUGCCUCUCGCUAUUCCAGCAUCAGCAGCAGUCGGCAUGCAGACAGGGGUACAGUGUGUAGUACAGUGCAGUGUGGUGGUGGUGGUGGUGGUGGUGGUGGUGCUUCUGUGCUGAGAGGAGCAGUCCAGUCUAGACGGAGGCGAUAGACAUCUCAUUAGGCUCUCGAAUGCUUUCCCUUCUCUACAGCACCCGCUGGCUAGCAGCCUGUCCUCACUCUGAGGGCCAGGACAGAGAAGAAAGAAGGGAAAAAGAUGAAGAAAGGUGGGAGAGAGUGAGGAGAGUAAAUGAGAAAUAUGGGGGGAGGAGGGGACAGUGAAGGAGGGAAAAUUAGACAAUGAUAAUAGCAAUAAUAGUCUUGAUCCUCCAGGAGGCCCACUCCCAGAGGCUCCUUCUUUCGCUCUCUCUCUCUCAUGCUCCUUCCCUCCUUCAGUCCCUCUGCUGCCCUCCCUCCUAUCUUCCCUCCUGCUGCUGUUUCACUCUUAAUUAAUUUCUCACUACUCACCAGAGCCCAGAGCUGCAGCUCUCCUCAGCUGGCCUCUGAGACUACUCUCAGAUCAGUGUUCCCGUUGCCUCACAGCCACAGCGGCUCAUCUCUGCCUGUGCCGCGUUUGGCUUCAAAUCAGUGCUGAAGGUAGGCCCACACCGUGACAUUGCCAUGAGGGAUGGAUCUGCACUUAGAUCAGUUUCACUUGCAUGAGUCACUGUUAGGCUAUCUGCUCUGUCAGUCCAUUAGGCUUUACGGGGGUCAGCUGAUGUGCUCUUCGGUGUGCGGCAAAGUCAAAUGGCCUUCACUCAAAUCGGAUUAUUUUCUUCCAUAACCGCAAACCACAGUGUGACUUUUUGAACUAUCCAUGUCAUCUGCAUGCCCAUGUUGGUGCUUGUGUAGAGAAUUACAAAGAAAGUGCACUUGAAGACACAAACUUUUCACAAGAUGUUUCUUGUACUGACUUGGUUACACUUAAAACAUCAAAAAAAUGUGCCAUAUAUUAAUGGAGUUUAUUUUCAUAGUUUGUCUAUCUUUCUAAUCUGUAUAUUGCAAUUUAAUACAAUAAGUUAUAAGAAAAACACAGUGACAAUGCUAUGAAAAAGUCAGACAUGGCAAGAAACGAAGCCUCAAGUUUUUUUCACAAACCCCUAGCUUAGUCAAACUUGUUUGGAAGAGACAAUGGUCCAUUUUUAUCCAAAUUAUCCAUUUUAGUGGUUCCCAACCUUUUUGAACUGCAAUGAAGAAAUGUUUACUGGUGACCCCAAAUGGUGGCUUAUAUUGCCUUCGCGUGGACAUGAUUGGUGAGUAACUUUUUCAUUCCCAGAUUGUUUCAUUUGAAUGAAAGGGACCCUGAAGAGGUUAAAAUAUAAUCUAUUCUACAAGAAAAGGGAAAAUAUUAAAACAGACAAAAGGAAUUAAUUUAAUUUACGGAAAGAGUCAUAAAUAUUAGAUUAGUCUCUAAUUGUAGGGCUGGUGGUUUGAUCCAUGUUCCAAGUGUCUUUGGGCAAGACACUGAACCCCAAAUUGCUCCCAAUGGGUCAGACCAAAUGCCUGGCUGUCACUGAGGUGAAUAGGAGGCAAACUGUACAGUGCUUUGUUCUACUACGAGUGUUUUUCUUUUUUAUGCCAUUAAGCACCUUGUGACCCCUUAGUUUUAUCUUGUGUCGCCUUGGGGGUUCCCAACUUCACACUAGCAACAUCCAUCACAAUUUACAAACUGGCUCCCUGGUUCAAAUUUACCUACCUUACUUGUCGUAGUUGUCCGUGAACACAGUUUCCCUGUGUAGUGAAGGAUUGUGUCCAACAUUUUGGGUGUGCUCUCUUUGGUUUUUCUUUUUUUACUUAAAUUUGUAUAUCUAGCUAAACUGUUGGUCUGUUUACAACCCAUCUGACUGUCUGACUGUUGACUUCUUCCCCAGACAGAGCUUGUCCGAGGUAACAAGCUGAAUCAUACAUCAAAAACGAAUUGUUGGGCCUGUUCAAUAUACCUUUACCUGAACAAAUACAUUUUAUAUUUGCUUUCAUCAGCAGCAUCUAAACACACACAUACACAUCCCUAUACAUAGCCCUCUGACCUUUGCCUUCCUCCCUUAUUCCCAGGCCAUUGUAGUCUUUGCCAAGGGCAUACACUAAAAUGCUCACUGAAGCUCUUUCUGCUAGCCACCUAGUGCAUCAAGAAAAGAGGAAGGGGCCCUGAACUAAGAUUUAACACCACCCACACACAUAUAUUGUAUAUACCCCCGAGCAGCCAGUCUCUUCCCUUAUCAGAAGUUGAGAUUCCUUUAUUCCUGAGAUUCCUAUUGCAGUAAUUGUUCAGUGAGUUGCAAAGAUGGUAGGACAAAAAAAAAGAAAGAAAUUCAGCAGACAUUCUCAAGGUCGCCCUGCAGUGUGUAUAAAGCAAGAGAUAGAGAAAAGAGAAAGAAAAUGCAUGGGUGAGCUCUAGGGCCAGAUGUGUAUGUGACCUUCCUCAGGGGAACCAAUCACUAUUGGCCUUUAGGUUUGACCUUUAACCCCCAGGGCCACCAAUUGGGCCACAGACUAAAUCCUCUCACAAACAUGGUCGACAAAGCUCAUUUGCUGCUGAAGAAAGCUGAUUUCUUGCCCAUGCAUAUGCUCAACUGGGUUUUGAACAGUGAUUUUUCCAUCUGUGCAAGUGUACGACAGAGAGGCAAAGCAUCUUUGUGCAGCAGUUCAGUGGGAUAAAAGGAAACGUCAUUACUCAUAGCGAUGUGUCCUUGGAUUCAAAGUGAUUAAGUCUAAAGUCUGACUAAACCUGAACAGUUAAAUAAGUCUGUUUACAUCGCUCAAGCUAAAAAACUUGAUUUCUCUCAACAAUCAUGUUUUUUUGUUCAUGUAAAUAAAGCCAUCGUCUCUCUCACUCCACCCUCUGUUCUGGCUUCCUUUUUCACUUCUUUUUUGUCCACUCGUUUCAAUAUUACACUCAGUUAUGCUUCCCUUUGGCUGCUUGGAGUUUUCUGUCCUGUUGAUAAAUCCUCAUUUACUCCUCUCCUCUCCUCUGCUGCCUUCUCGGGUUAAAUGAGCCACAAGGGAGCAUCGGACAAGCUAUAACCUAGCAGCAGGAGCUUCCAGCUGGGUUAAGAAGGGGAAAGAGGGGGUGAGGCAUAGAGACAGUGGCUUCUCCUCAUAUAGAUAGCAAAAAGCUGGGCUUACAGUGAUAGAACCUGAUGCUUAAAGUCAAAUGUGUUGUUUGUUUGACUACACUUUAACUGAAAAUGUACUCUUCUCCCACUUUCUGUGCUCUUUUUUCAUCUUGUUCUCUUCCAAUAUUUUCCACAUAACACGCACACUCAAAUUUCAGUAAUGUAAACAUCAUAUCCUUGUUUUAGAAACCUGGGUAAAAUCUUUUCCCAGCUUUUAGACAUCCAAAUAUACUAACUGGAUUAUUCAAGAUACCAUGAAAUAUAAAAACCUUAUCCAAAUUUCUGAUCAUCGCUCCUUGAGUGAGUAAUCAACUGGAUAUGAUAGUUUAUAUAAUGAUGACAGCUGGAUACUGAAAACUUGGAGGGUAAGCUGAGUAUCACUUGGAGCUCUCCUUUUCCUUAAGAGGAGCAAAAUCCAGCAGACAGUGUAAAAUGCUGCGGAGUCCACCUGUUUCUACAAUUAUUGAGAGAACUCAGUCUGUACUGACAUUACUCUUACAAUGAUGGUUUGAGGUCAAGGGGACUGACAGCAGACAGAAAUAUAGCUGAUGAUAGUCACAUACAGGGAAAUCAAUAACAUAUAUUACUCUGUGCCCAAAAACAUUCAUAAAUAUACCAAUUAGUCACCUUUUCUGAAUAUCCUUUCUUUUUGUCCUUGUUCAAAUCUUUAGCCUUUCAGACCACAAAGUAGUCACCUGAUGCCCGAUGCCCCAUUUCAAUGGGAAGAAACCACUGGGAUGACUGUAAUGAAAAUCCCAUGACCAACGGCAACCAUACUUUUGGGUCCUUACUCUAACCAGAACUACACUGAGCCCAAAAAUCUGAACUGGAACCUACAGUUACCAAUUCAAUCCAAAAAAUACCUAGACAUUGUAUGUACAAAAAACUAUUAAUUUAAAUAUUAUUGUGCUUGCUGGCAUGAGACUAUAGCCUAAACUGUCACUUUUAAUGUAUAAUCCUUUGUCAGUCAGUAUAAAUCAGAUAAUCAGUAGAAUAAUAUAAUAUGUUCUAAUAGAAGCUAAUAGGAUUGAGGCAGUCAUUGAGCCCAUGAGCUGAGCCGUCUGCCUCCUGUAGUGAAAUUACACUAUCUUCAUAGGCCUAUAUAUCUCCUGUGUUGACACAUAGGAGAUAUACUUAGAAAGGUAGUGGCAGGAGGUACAAAUCCAUAUAAUUUGGACUAUUCUCUAUCACCCAAAAAUGUGAAGCUUCUUGUACCUUUAGUUAUAAAUUCACACAUCACUCAGGUCUUAAGAUAAUGACAUUUGAAAUUAAUAUAUAUAAAAAGGUAGAGUUGCUAAUCUGGGAUCAUUAUGUUUGAUGCAGUUUUACACGUACAGUAUUUGCUACCAUUUAAUGUUUUAUGACAAGCCUACCUUGCCAUCUGUGCAUCAUGAAAACCAUGAUAAAUGUUAACAUCUGACUUGAGUGUGGUAUCCCGUGGGAUUUUUUAUUCAUUCUCCAUGUUUUCACAUUUAGAAUAACACCAUUAUCACAUUCAUGAAAUCACAUCAGAUCAAACUGCUGUCGAGAAUACCCUAUGGCAUCACGUUCAUUAUGGUUUGAAAAGCUCCGAAGUGAACCUAAAUCAGCCUUCCUAUUGUGUAUUGGGAAGAAGGGGGGAGGAGGGGGAGGGGAAAGGUAAGGGGUUCGAUGGUACAGGCCAAGCAUGAGCAGACGAGCAGGCCAAGUAGACAGGGACUGCUCCCCAACCUCCCACCCGUGAACACUGACACUAAUUGAGAGGUCUAUGAAAUAUAGAUGAUCUCUGCAGUGGACCCCCCCCCCCCACACUCUCCCUCUCCUCUCCACUGUUCCUCACGUCCUCUGUCUGCCUGCUUGAGUGACUCGAGAUCAAGAUUGCAUGCAGACGCAGUGUUGGCAUGCGCAUGCCCCACUGCACCCUAGGUAUAUCAGAGAUGGUCCAAUGGACACAAUCGGUCAGCCCAGUCGGUCAGUGUGUGUUUGUGUGUGUGUGUGUGAGACUGAGAGAGAGUACACAGAGGGAUGAUGCUCAACUGAAUAUGUAGGACUGUAAUACAGAAAUGAGCACAGGGAAAAGCAGCUUAGAGUGUAUCAUGAGUGUCUGCGUAUAAUAUGUUAACCUCAGAAAGGGCAUCUUGGUGGUGAAGGGUUGAGGUGGGCAAGAAUUUGGUGGAAUAAGAAGUAAACCUGAUACAUAUGACCCAAAGGAUGAACUCAGAUGUUGAUCAAUUUAGAUGACUAAUGAGUGGCAGACCAGGCUGUGUGAAAAUGUUGCCCACAAGCCUAAACAUGCUGCAGCAACUAAACCCCAAAACACCACCUUGUUUUGGUUGCCAAUCAGUCAUUUUGAAUGAGCAAAAUUAAUUUCCAUUGAAGUGAUCUUUAUGUAGGUUGGAGGGAAAAAGGAAAGGAUGUGGAGGUCAGGGCAGUGGAUAGUCUGACUUUCAAGAGAGUAUGUCCUAUAACAGACCAACGUGAGACAGUGCAUAUUAAUAAACAUUACUGUAAAUAUGCCAGAAUUAGACCAAAGGCUAGUUUUCAUUUGUUGUCCCUGGCCAGGUGUUAGUUGUCAGCCUAAAAUCAAGAAACACAUUUAAAUGUAAUGUUUGUAAGACAUAUCAAGUACAGUUAAUACAAAACAGAAAUAAGCAUAACACAAUAAAAGCAGAGAAAAUUACAGAUGAACAAAGUAACAAACAAACAGUUACAGAACAGUUUCACAAGAGCAGACAUAAGCAAUACCAGAUGUGAGCUGUAACUGUAACCAUCCCUGAUUUAAAUGAACCUCACUGCUGUGACUGGAAACUAGCUUUUAUAAUAAAUUUAAAAAUAUUUUUGGAAGAUUAGCAUUAAAAUAUGUCAGUGUCAAUUUGGUGAUAGUCUAGAUAGCUAACUAGCUUGCUACAACGUUCAAACUGGCUUCAGCCCCUCAUGAAAAACAGCAAAGCUGUCUCACUGCAACUGACUUUUUGUCUGUGACAUGCAGCUUUGGCCUUUUUAGCACAAUAUCAUAUAUAUAUAUAGUCAUAUCUGGGACCCUUUAACUAAGUUUCUGGUUUGUAAACAAGUCAACAUUAAAAUGUCAGCUGGAGAGGACGAUUUCAACCAACUCAUGAAGAUGAGCUCAGCUGAAAGAUCCCCAACAUUUUUUAAGGCAUAAGAAAAUAUUCUGCAUUGAAUUGUAAUGUAUUCCUGAUGUGUAUUUCUGAAAAAGUUCAAUUACCUUGUAAAAAAUUCUUCUUGAACUAAAAACAUCAACUUAAACAAACAAUAAAGAAAAAAAACACAUUUUUCAGUGGAACUGCCAUUCAGACAUCUUAUAAUAUCUGGUAUUUUUCUUCAUUUUUCUUCAUUUAAUCACAUAUGAAACAGAUCAUGUUGGAUGACAAUCGGAUCUUUCCAAACAAGGUGAGGAGCACAAUAUAGCACUUAAGUGGAAUCAUCCUACAAUAAGGUGAGCAAUGAGGCUCCACAAUAGCUCCAUGUGUGAAUUCAGAAAAUCUGUUCGGAGUCAGUCGUCUAGCGGGUGCUUGGCCUUAUAGUUCUGUGUGCAGUGUAGUGGGUGGAGGUUAGGGUUAGAGGUUAGUCUAUGAAGGUCUUCACAACUUUAAUUAUACAAACAUGUUUUCAUGUGUGUGUUUGACUUUAGAGAGAGCACAAGGAGAUGGAGAGGUCACUGACUUGCCCCGCAGUUGCAGAGGAAAUGUUCAAAGGCCAAGGGUAGAGGACAGAUGAAGGCUUGUUGCCACUGUGGUUACUUUUAGGGUAUUCGCAGCAAGACCACAUUCAAUUGGAAUUAUAACCUUAUAUAUCAGGUCUUUUUCUUUCUAUUUUUUCCCAGUGUUUCUCCAUUCUCUCUUUUGUCUUUAGUCAUGUUGUAGUCUCAUUUGCAUUAUAUGUUUCCUCUUAAUUUCCCUUGAGUCAACUUAAAUUCAGAUCAAAUAAGUUCUGUUCACUUAAUUGAAUUUAAUUCAAAUAAAGCAGUUAUUUUGAAAUUAUUUUAUAUGGACAUUACAGAUUUAUUUUAAGUACCCUCCACUCAUGCGUUUUGCUUAUUUAACAUCAGUUGGAUUUUCGAGCGUCACCGUGAAGAAUGAUCUAUGUGGAGAGUUUGACACUAGAAAGCUGUUUUCAUGUCUACCUCCUGAUGGGGGAAAGUUUCUCUGUGCCCCCUCGACAGCUCUAACAACCAUGCAAGAUUAUUGUUUAUGGACAUUUCAUCAGCCUUCAACACCAUACAGCCACAUCUGCUCGCCCAGAAGCUCACAGGCAGGUUUGGCUUGGACAGUGAUGUUGUUGGCUGGAUUCUACACUUCCUCACAUGCACAAAGAGUGAGAGUAAAUGGUCAAUUUUCUUAGCUGUCCGUGAAAUCCAUUGUUUCUCCCCAUGUGUCCCGUCUCCUUUACUGUAUAUAUUGCACACUAAUGACUGCUGUAGCAUGUAUGAAAACCAUCACACCUUGACGUUUGCUGAUAGUGGGUAAACAGUGAGGGAAUUUCCCAUGGUCCUGUUGUUGACUGUUUUUCAUUGGUGUCAUGAAUCAUUUUUGGUACUGAAUGUGUCUAAGACUAAGGAUAUGUGUAUUAAUUUCAGACAUUCUCACCCAUCUCCUGUCAGUGCACUGAUUGAUGGCAAGAAUAUAGAAAUAGUGGAGUCCUACAAGUAUUUGGGAGUUAUACUAGACAAUAAAAUUACAUUUGAGAGUAAGAAUGACAUGAAGUACAAGAAAAGCCAGCAGCAUCUCUUUUGUUUAUGGAAACUCUCUAAGUUCCAGGUUGACGGGACCCUGAUGACAAUGGUUUUUUAUCAAUCUUUUAUUGAAUCUGUGUUCUCUUUCUCCUUUAUCUGCUGGUGUCACUUUAUCAAGGUAAAACACAGAAAUGUACUCAAUAAGGUGGUUAAUAUCUGCAGCAAAAUAACUGGCACUACACAGGAAACUCUGCAGGAUCUUCACAACACACAGUUAUAUAAGAAAGCAGAAUCCACACUGUGUGAUUGUUUCCACCCUUUACAUCAACAGUUUCAGUUUCUGCCAUCUGGUACCCUCCUCAGACUUCCGCUAGCUGAAACCAACAGAUACAAACACGCCUUUAUACCCUCUGCCAUCUCCCUCCUAAAUUCUCAGGAGGAAAAGGUAUUCAUUUGCAUAAUGUUUCAACUUAUUGAUUUUUUAUCUUUUUAAUUGGCUGAGUAUUUUUACUGUGUAUUUCUGUUUUUUGGUCUUAGUGUUUUAUUUAUGUGUCCUGUGUUUUAUGUGUGCUAAAUGUAUGUGUCCCUCCACUGCAUAACCCAUUGCCUAAAUGGGGACACAUCAAGUUCUUGAUUGAUUCAUGACUAUGAACAUAACUUGUGACAUCACAACUUGCUUGGAGCCAAACGGGUCCAGUGGGCAAUUUACACAAGUGUGAUGUGGAAACUUCACACUUUCAGUGCACAAACACUGGUAACAGACUUUUCAGUUAAGUAGGAGACCUCUAUCCUGCAGUUAAACUUUUUAAAAGAAAAAUCUUUGCAUAUUCAUAGAUUCUGGAUUUUUCAGUGAGGAAGUAAGAGAGGUCAUUGAAAGGAUUUUAACAAGGUAACUGAACUUUUCUUUUGAUGGAAAAAAACACAUUUUCAACACAAAUUAUUAUUCAAAGCAGAAUAUUUUUGUAUGUUGUAAAACAUGUCUGGAGGGGAUCUUUAAACAUUUAUCUGAAAGGAGUAAAAUUAAUUAUUAGAAUUCUAAAAAUCUGUAUUUAUCUGGCAAAAUGUACACACACACACACACACACAUACACACACACACACACACACGCAUGCACGCACGCACACAAACACACUGUACAUUCCCUGCUGUCCCAGCUUUCGAGAGUUCCUGGAGAAUGUUGCUUACUAUCAGCACUUUGCCUCAGUUGUCAGUCGUCUCCCUGCUCUCUCCAAUGGCUGGCUCACACACAAGUGGGAAAUUGUGCUUCUGUGUGAGUGUGUGUGAGUGCAGGUUUUGUGUGUGUGUGUGUGUGUGUGUGUGUGUGUGUGUGUGUGUGUGUGUGUGUUUGUGUGUACGUGCUCUCCUGCGCAGAUGCACUUGACUGUUAGAGUACAUGUGUGUUUGUGCAUGAUCAGCUGAAAAGCCUGGCGUCACUCCAAGGAACAAUAGUGGGUGUAGCUCAGAGAAGGAGCUGAUUCUGUGUGGAAAUGGGAUAUCUUAGUUUCCAUGGAAUACCCGUGUUCAAUUUGCCCUUUUUGAGAUAAUAAGUGACAUAAGCUGACAUCGGGGUCAGCCGCACAGUCAAUUGUAGAGCGAUGGAAAGCCAUUCUGGCCCACUCCAGCGGUGUUAAACCCCUUUAAAUAUCAUUAUCUCCUUCAUCGGCAUUUGCAAUGUAUUUUCCACCAAAAUGUCACAUUAUAAUUUGUGAGAGUCCAAAUCAGCCAUACUUUUCUUUACAGGUGAGUGUGAGAAAAUCAAUGAAGUGAGCUACAGAAUAAAGUCAGGGCAUGGGAGAAAGAGUGAGAGAGCAAGUACUUGCUGGGAAUGUACUUUCUUAGUGUCCAUUAACUUUUAUUUACUCUACUUUGUCUCUGUAUCUAUUUCUCUUGCUUGUUGUCUGCCCCCCCUCCCUAUUUAUGUUAUGGAUUCUCCAUGUAGGCAUAUGAGCAGUAGACUAAUGUAAAUUCAAAUAUUCCAGUGCUCUAUUCCCUUUUCCCUUAUUGCCCAAAGUAUAUAUAUAUAUAUAUAUAUAUAUAUGCCUGUUUAUAUGUUGUAUCAAAUCAGGGGAAAAGCUUUUAUUAACCCUUUUAACAUAUUUAUUUUGAAAAUGUAUUUAUUAUCAUUAUUAUUAUUUAUAAAAUGUAUUACUCAGGGUGGACAGCACCUAGAAUAUAUUGUGCUUAUAAAAUUUGCUGUAACACAGUAGCAGAGUAGAGAUGAUUAGACAAAAUGUAUAAAAUUAGCUAAUUAUCUUGGAAGUGAUUCCAUCUGCCAAGCUACCAAACAGUUACUUGGCUAGUUAAUUAACCUUAUUCUCCUCUGGAUACUUGAGAUCUGGAUAUACUGUAUACUGUUGGUUCAAAUACAUUAUCAGUGGGUAAACACAGCACAUCAAGUGUUGGUGGUGUUGUCAUAUUUUCCAUUAAUACUGUCUUGUUUUUUGUUUUUUUAAAUUAAAUUCAAAAGCUGUCACUCACUUGUUUGAACAUUAGUGCAUGUUGCCAAUUGGAACUCAAUGCAGGCCAACCAAUUGCACACAAAAAUAAAUUGUCAAUCAUUUUAGUGUGUCAUUGUAAAAAGAGUGCUAAUACUAACCGUAACUAACCGUGGCUAAAAAUCAUUUAGCUUUGCUUCAGUUUCUGAUUUGGGCCACUUUCGCAUGUGGUGCUAAAUCAGAUAAAGGUCUGAUUUUUUGCAAUGUGAACUCAGUCUGAACAGUACAUUGGAAUAUAUGCAACUUUUACGUCACUCUAGAUCGACAUUCUUCACAAUUCUGCACUGGUGGGAGUCACUCAGUGAAUAUGUAAAACAGCUACGAUGGAGGUAGUCAGUGAAGGGACAGUAAUGUGUUGGACAUCAUAAUUAUUUGAGGUGACACUUCUACUAACAAAUUUGUUGGCUUCCAUUACACAUCAACAUAUAAAGGAAAAUGUAAAUGCUGACUUCAGCAGUCUCCAUGUUUACUUCCGUACGACAGUGUGGUGCAUGUGACGUUUUAUAUCUGAUAUUGGUAUGACCAGGGGAAGUAGGGGUGCGGCAGCACCCCCAACCCAAGGUGCAGCACCCCUGCCUCCAGGUGGCUGGCAGCCUAUAGGCCCAUUUGUGUUGUUUUUUCAACUUUUCUGUCGUGUUUCUAACAAAAAUAGAUCCUGUGCAUAAAAAUAGUAAAGUGCAACACAGCCUAGUUGACAUGCCGGUUAGAAUUGUCUUCGGCAGUCUGACAGAGGCAGAAUUCAAAGCAGUAGCUGUGGACAUUACACUCCACUUCUACUGCUCCUGCAGGCUGUAUUGCUAUUUAAAUUAUGUCGAGCAGUGCAAGCUUUCCAGGUGAUUUCUUGAUUUCGUGUUGUAUUGAUGCAUGAGUGUUUUCUUUAACGAUUUACUUUAAAGAUUAGAGAGGCUGCUUUCAGUAAUUGUAGCCUAAACGUAAUGGCACUGCAGCAAAUAUCAUGGGACAGUUAAACAGCAAAACUAAAAACUGUUGUUAUAAACUUGACAGGACACAGGAAACUCCUCAGGAUGAAACAAAAUUAAACGUUUCUGCUUCUGAAAUGAAAUUAUUAUGACAGCUCUGAUGAAGCUCUUAUCAAGAAUACAGCUGCUUUACUCCAAACAAUUAUGAACUUGGACUGUGUGUGUGUGUGUGUGUAACAGCUGACCUUUUGCAUGUGUAGAAAAAUGCAGAACAUUAAUUACCAUGUCUUGAGAUUUAAAUAAUCAAUGAAGUUGAAGCUGUGCCUCAUGCAUAAAUACGCACAGCAUCUCUCUUUUAAUGGGGAAAAGAACAUAUUGGUUCUGCUGCAGGGGAAUCACUGCAGGUAUUUAAUAAAC